GACCCAUCUCAAAUGCAUACCACCACCACCGGAACACUUCAAUGAUGGAUGGACUUCCUUUCUGCUCUUGCUCUUACUCAUCCUCACACUAAAACAAUAACAAUAACAAUAACAAUAACAACAACAACAGCAGCAAUCUUUGAGAAACUUCACAUCCAUUUCACAUCUUCACUUUCUCCACCUUCUAUUUACAUCUACCACCGUCGGGUGAAUUAUUACAGCGACUUUCGAUAAUCAGAUAAUACUACUUUCAACUUUCGUCUUUCUUCCCCGCCGACGCACAUAAAUUUCCGAUUAUCAAUCUAGAGACGAUCACAACAAGGCAGUUUUCCCAACUACAGCGUGCAGUCUUACGCCGCAAUAGCCGUGGGUUGAUUGCGCCUGGUGCUGUUGACACACAUCUCAGAGCAAUCACAUACACCACACCGAUUACCAUUUCCUCAGCCCCCUGUCAGUAGGGGAUAUAGGUUAACGAACUUCCCCGCUCUCAUUGUACGAUAGUGAGAGGUCGAAGCAAGCACGCCAAAUUAACCACUCUGGCUUUACGAGCACUGCGCACGACCGGCCUGGCAUUAUCUCUCGGUCUAACUGCCCUUGGGGCAUACCAAACGAUCAGAGAGGCCAUGGCUGACCCACGAAAUGCAACUGGUGGUGGUAGACAUCUGGAUGCUACGGGAGAUAGAGAAGUGGUUUACUGCCACCAAUGUGAGAAUGAAUGGUAUCAGGAUGAACAUGGCUUGGUAUGUCCAGCGUGUGAGGGAGAAAUUAUUGAGAUAGUCGAACCAAGUAGCGACCCUCGAAGCGGCAUGGGUAAUUCUCCAGACAUUGCACCAUUGCGCGAUCUUGAUAAUCAUAAUCCUUGGGCCGAUGAUUCAGAUCCGGAUGAAGCAGAUAUUGAAGAACACAUCACACACGGUCCAAAUGGCUCUAUUCUAAUUUCGCAAACAAUAAGAACCUCCGGACCAGGCCCAUUUGAAGCCAAUAGAAUUAUUAAUCGCCGAAGGCGGGCCCCAGGUGGUAAUGGAGGAGACGAUGAUACUGCGCGGGAUUUUCAAAGCAUGCUAGGAAAUCUAUUGGGUCCGAAUUUGAGAGAAGCCCGUGCCGGUCGAUCGGGUCAUGAUGACUUAUUUCCACGCGCCGGAGAAUUUCAUACGGGUGGUGGUGGAGUUGGUACCGGAAUAGGUGGUCGUCAAGGACCUCAUCUCGUUGGUGGCCGAUACACAUUUGAGGGAACGCUUGAAAAUGGUCGGUUAAGGCCAAGAGAUACAAAUGGUCCCCAGGGUCAAGGAGCACCUGUUGAGGAUUUGUCUACACUUAUUUCUCAUUUAUUCUCUCAAAUAGGCGCAGGGCCUGCUGGUGCAGCAGGUGGAGAUGGCGAGGCUCGUCGUCCUGGUAUGCCUCCUCCUGGUGCUAUGGGUUUGCCAGCUCUUCUUCAAUCGCUUUUCAAUCAUCCAAAUGCAGCACAUGGUGAUGCUGUUUACUCGCAAGAGGCAUUUGAUCAGAUCAUGUCACAGUUGAUGGAACAGCAUCAACAAUCUAACGCUCCUGGUCCUGCCCCUGCUGAUGCUAUCUCAUCCCUUCCAAAGAAGGCCCUUGACGAGAAGAUGCUUGGCCCCGAAGGCAAAGGCGAAUGCAGCGUUUGUAUGGAUGAUGUAUUUAUUAGUACCGAAGUUGUCGUGCUUCCUUGUUCUCACUGGUUCCAUGAGUCCUGCGCCAAUGCCUGGCUCAGCGCCCAUAAUACCUGCCCUAUUUGCCGCAAAGGUAUCGGAGCUGAUGAAGCAUCCGCCUCGUCUCCUAGUAAUGCUAGAAGAUCAAGCAAUUCACCAACUUCGCAAUCCCCCACUUCUCCAACUAGCCGCCGUGCUCGUCUUUCUCGUUUCAACUCGGAACAAAAUGACCGGAUGGCCCGGAAUGAAGCUCGAUUGGAAUCUAUCCGGAACGGUCGCUUCAUGCCACCUUCCGGGCCUUCCUCUUCCCAAAGAAGAGAAACAGAAAGACAAGCUGAGAGAAUGACGGAAGAUGCACUGGCGGGCAAUUUCUUCAUUAGUCCUGCUGCUCAAAGCGAAAACAUGCCAGGUCAUUUCCCAGAUAGUAAUGCAUCGACACCUCCAACUUUGGGUAGAAGAGAUUCGGGUAUGAGUUCGGGCACAAAUGAGUAUAGAAGAGGAUUUGGAAGCUCAACAUCGAGCUUUCCCAGAGAUAGACCGAGGAGCGAGAGAAGUGGGAGUGAUGGUUCUACGAGAGGUGAUGGAACUGGAAACGGGGGAUUAAGUGGAUGGUUUAGAGAUCGCUGGGGCACCGGCAGGAGGCAGGAAUAGAUAGGGUGUUUUUGAAAUUUUCAAGAUUAAGGGAUGAAUUAUGAUUGAUGGAUGGAUACUUUAGUAGAGGAGACCGAAAAAGAUUGAUGGUAGUGUCAUAACAGUCUACGAAACAAUUUUCCGGUACUCCAAUACGUAUCUUUCCAUCACUUACGUUAUUACGAUGCGCUACGAUCUGACGCGAGAUGAUGUGCACAGGACUUGAGAGGAGGGAAAUGAGCAUGGGGUUGAAUCGAUUUUGUUUCUUAAAAAUGUUCUUUCUUUAGCAGAGCCGAGCUGGACGGAUGGCACUUGGCGUUUCUUAUCAAAGAGAUGCUAUAUUCACUCUUGGAGUUUCUUAGGAAGGAGAGUUGGUUGAAUGGAUGCGGAUGGGUGGGAGCAAGAAAAAUGGAGAGGGGCGGAGAUGCUAGGAAAAUGGAAUAGCGUAACGCUACAACAGGGCUGGAUUUGAAAGAAAAGAACAGUUGGGAGCAGGAACUGUCUAUAUUUUCUCUCUACAGAUUACUAGGUAGGUACAUAGAAGAAUUGCGAUAUGGCUUGAGAUUUUGUGGAUGAGUGCGAGGAGAUAAAAAAAAUUGGGGCAGAGAGAGAACACCUAGGUAGUAGGUAAUAUAAUUACGUUGUUUUUUCUUGA